UUCCCAGCAUCCCCCGCGGCGGUAGCGGAGCCCGUCCCCGUUUCGUGACCUUCGCUAGCAGCCCGCGCGCUCCCGGCUCUGACGAUGGUGCAGACCAUGCUUCCAAAGUCAUUGAGAGCCAUGAAAUUCUACUUCACUACCGUGUAUCAAGAAAUAUGGGUUGGCGUAGCAUUAACAGCUUAUGUCUAUUACAAAAUUUCAUAUGGUGGCAAAAAAGCAGUGGCAGAUAAGUCCUCGGGUGCUGGCCAUCAUUAAAGACCUUUUCUCUUCUUGGAGUAUGAAUUUGGUGGUUUGUCAUCUUUACUGUACAUGAAACAAGUUACAACCAUAGUGAAGUUAAUUCUAAAACUGUACCUGAUCCAUCUGCUGUAAUUAGAGAAAGAAUAAAUCCAUUGAGCAACAAGGAAUUAAACAUGUUCGACAAAGUA